CCCUCUCACACACCCGCUUGUACUCCUGACGUCUUUUACGAAACAUGGCCUCCACGAACCUGCCAUCUGCGAUGGACGUCGAUGAGGCCGCGAUUGAUGAGGGCUUGUACUCUCGCCAACUCUAUGUCCUUGGGCACGAAGCCAUGAAGCGCAUGGCCGCCUCCAACGUCCUCAUCGUUGGAGUGAAGGGCCUCGGCGCUGAGAUCGCCAAGGAUGUUGUCCUGGCCGGUGUCAAGUCUGUCACCAUUUACGACCCCGAGCCCGUGCAAGUCGCAGAUCUGAGCAGUCAGUUCUUCUUGCGCCAAGAAGACGUCGGCAAGCCCAGAGCCGAGGCAACUCUCCCUCGAUUGGCUGAACUCAACGCAUACGUCCCCGUGCGGAAUCUGGGCGGACAGCCCGGACAAGAGAUCUCAGUUGACCUGGUCAAGGGCUUCCAGGUUGUUGUACUUUGCGGCGUUUCGCUCAAGAAGCAGUUGGAAAUCAACGACUGGACGCACGAGAAUGGCGUGUACUUCAUCUCCGCUGAUACUCGCGGUUUGUUCGGAACUUCAUUCAACGACUUCGGCCCGAAAUUCACUUGCGUGGAUCCUACCGGAGAGCAACCUCUCACCGGCAUGAUUGUUUCCGUGGACAAGGACAAGGAGGGUGUCGUCACUUGCUUGGACGAGACCCGCCACGGCCUGGAGGACGGCGACUUCGUUACCUUCUCAGAAGUCCAGGGUAUGACGGAACUCAACGGAUGCGAACCUCGCAAGAUUACCGUCAAGGGCCCCUACACCUUCUCUAUCGGUGACACAUCGGGCCUCAGCGACUAUAAGUCCGGCGGAAUCUUCACGCAAGUGAAGAUGCCGAAGAUCCUGCAAUUCAAACCCCUUCGUGAAUCCCUCAAGGAGCCUGAGUCCCUCAUCACCGACUUCGCGAAGUUUGACAGACCUGCGACCCUUCACGCUGGCUUCCAGGCACUUUCACAGUUCCAGGAGCAGUACCAGCGCCUGCCUCGUCCACGUAACGCAGAGGAUGCUGCGGUAUUUGUCAAGCUGGCAAACACGAUCGACGCGGACGCCGACGAGAAGGUCUUGACUGAGCUCGCCUACCAGGCGACGGGUGACCUCGCGCCCGUAAACGCGGUCAUUGGUAGUUUCGUCGCCCAGGAGGUCCUCAAGGCCUGCUCCGCGAAGUUCCACCCCACAUUCCAGCACCUCUACUUCGACUCGCUCGAGUCACUGCCCGACGAGCUUCCCACCGAGGCUGACUGCCAGCCUAUCGGGUCGCGCUACGACGGCCAGAUCGCUGUCUUCGGCCGGAAGUUCCAGGAGAAGAUCGCGAAUUUCCGCGAGUUCCUCGUCGGCUCUGGCGCCAUUGGCUGUGAGAUGCUGAAGAACUGGAGCAUGAUGGGUCUUGGUACUGGACCGAACGGGCAGCUGCACGUCACUGACCUCGACACCAUCGAGAAGAGCAACCUUAACCGUCAAUUCCUCUUCCGCCCGAAGGACCUGGGCAAGUUUAAAGCUGAGGUUGCUGCAGCAGCAGUGGCGGACAUGAACCCCGACCUCAAGGGCAAGAUCGACAGCAAGCAGGAGCCUGUUGGACCUGCCACCGAGAACGUCUACGACACAAACUUCUUUGCUAGCAUCGAUGGUGUCACUAACGCGCUCGACAAUGUCAAGGCGCGUCAGUACAUGGAUCAGCGCUGUGUCUUCUACAUGAAGCCUCUCCUCGAAUCCGGCACACUCGGCACGAAGGGAAACACGCAGGUCAUCGUUCCGCAUCUGACGGAGUCGUACUCCUCAUCGCAGGACCCUCCUGAGAAGGAGACGCCCGUGUGUACCGUCAAGAACUUCCCCAACCAGAUCCAGCACACAAUCGAGUGGGCGAGGCAAGAUUUCGAUAGCCUGUUCGUCAAGCCUCCGCAGGUCGUCAACUCUUACCUGUCCGAGCCGAACUUCCUUGAGAACAACCUCAAGUACUCCGGUCAGCAGAAGGAGCAGGUCGAGCAGAUUGCGUCGUAUCUCGUCACCAACAAGCCUCUCACCUUUGAGGAGUGCAUCGUCUGGGCGCGUCUGCAGUUCGAGGAGAAGUACAACAACGCCAUCCGCCAGUUGCUCUACAGCUUGCCCAAGGACGCGGUCACGAGCACCGGGCAGCCGUUCUGGAGUGGCCCCAAGCGCGCGCCUGAGCCGCUCACCUUCGACUCGAACAACCCCAUUCACCUGCAAUACAUCAUCGCCGCAGCGAACCUGCACGCCUUCAACUACGGCCUCCGCGGCGAGACUGACCCUGCAGUCUUCAAGAAGAUCGCGGAUGAGGUCAUCGUUCCGGAGUUCACCCCGAAGAGCGGCGUCAAGGUCCAGAUCAACGACAACGACCCGACUCCCCAGAACGAUGGUGGCGAUUCUGACCUGAACGAAUAUCUAAAGCAGCUCCCUGCACCAUCAUCGCUCGUCGGCUACCGCCUGAACCCCGUUGAGUUCGAGAAGGACGACGACACGAACCACCACAUUGACUUCAUUACCGCAUCCUCGAACCUGCGCGCUCUCAACUACAGCAUCACGCCCGCGGACCGCCACACGACAAAGCAGAUUGCGGGCAAGAUCAUCCCCGCGAUCGCGACGACUACGUCGCUGGUGACCGGCCUCGUAUGUCUUGAGCUGUACAAGCUCAUCGACGGCAAGAAGAACAUUGAGUCGUAUAAGAACGGCUUCGUGAACCUCGCCCUGCCGUUCUUCGGAUUCUCGGAGCCGAUCGCGCCGAAGAAGGACAAGUACAACGGGAUCGAGUGGACGCUCUGGGACCGCUUCGAGUUCAAGAACGACCCGACACUGAAGGAGAUCGUUGACUGGUUCAAGCGUGAGCACAAGCUCGAGGUCAGCAUGGUCAGCCAGGGCGUCAGCAUGCUCUGGAGCUCGUUCAUUGGCAAGAAGAAGAGCGAGGAGCGCCUCCCGAUGAAGUUCAGCAAGCUCGUCGAGCACGUGAGCAAGAAGCCUCUGCCGUCGCACACCAAGCACCUCAUCGUCGAGGUCAUGGUCAGCGACGAGGACGACGAGGAUGUUGAGGUUCCGUUUAUCGUUGUGUUUUUGUAGGCGGAGCGGCGAGUAGUAGCAGAAGCGUGUACAACGGUAUAUAGAAGUCAAAUAGCAGUGUAUCUAUACAUCAUAUCCCCUCCGUGCAGUUCGUGUCUAAGGUAUGGCAAAUCAGUACGCAGUAAUCC